AUGCUGCACAGAUGAGUGUGGUGCAUAGCUUAAACUCUACGCUUUCUGUUCUUUCCCCAACAGCUUUUUUACCAACAUUUAUUUUUGAAAGCGAUUUGUAUAUUGUGAUAUGGAGACUGCCGUUGUCGUAAGCGCUCAGAAGAAUAGGAAGGUCAUUACUGGGGGCCUACGCACGGCAAACAAGAUACCCGAGGAAAUUCUAAACGAUGCUGAUCUAAUUGAUGCUAUCCAAGUUCUUCCUCAGAACUAUAAUUUUGAGUUGCACAAGACUAUAUGGAGGAUAAAACAAUUGAAUGUAAAAUGUGUGGCUCUUCAGUUUCCAGAGGGUCUGCUGGUGUUCUCGCUCACCAUCGCCGACAUCCUGGAGCGCUUCACCGGCGUCGAGACGCUGAUCAUGGCUGAUGUGACGUACGGCGCCUGCUGUGUGGACGACUUCAGCGCCAAGGCGCUCGGCGCCGAGCUCAUGGUCCACUACGGCCACAGCUGCUUGAUCCCCGUUGAUCAGACUUCCAUCAAGAUGCUCUACGUGUUCGUCGAUAUCAAGAUAGAUGCUCUUCACUUUGUGGAAACGCUGAAAUUCAACAUCAAGGUCGAUCGCCGACUGGCCCUGGUCAGCACAGUGCAGUUUGUGGCGACUCUGCAGGCGGUGGCUGCUGAGCUCCGAGAGUCCGGCUAUGACGUGACAGUGCCUCAGGUUCGGCCGCUGUCGCCGGGCGAGAUCCUGGGCUGCACCUCGCCCCGUCUCCAGGACACGGACGUCCUGGUGUAUCUGGGCGACGGCCGCUUCCAUCUAGAGAGUGCCAUGAUCGCUAACCCCAGCGUCACAUUCUUCAGGUACGAUCCGUACAGCAAGGUGUUCAGCCAGGAGUAUUACGACCAGGACCGCAUGGUGGCAGCACGGUCGGACGCCGUUACCAAGGCGACGACAGCCGGCACUUUCGGCGUCAUACUGGGCACCCUAGGCCGUCAAGGAAGCCCAAAGGUCAUGCAGAAUCUGAAGGACCGGCUGACGGAGCGGGGCCGGCAGCACGUGACCGUCCUGCUCUCGGAGGUCUUCCCGGACAAGCUGCGCCUGCUGCCGCAGGUGGACGCCUGGGUGCAGACCUCGUGCCCGCGGCUCUCCAUCGACUGGGGCUCGGCCUUCGCCCGGCCGCUGCUCACACCCUACGAGGCGAAUGUAGUGCUGCAGCAGGUGGCCUGGCGCGGCCUCCAGUACCCGAUGGACUUCUACGCCGCCGACAGCCUCGGCCCGUGGACGCCCAAUCACCGGCCGCCGCGUGACGGCGCCGUCGGACGGCACCGGAGGGCCGGCGCCCGCUCCGGCCAGGACCGGGAGGCCGGCGUCCCCUCCGGCAAGGACCGGGAGGCCGGCGUCCCCUCCGGCCAGGACCGGAGUGUCCCGGCCGAUGACAGCCCCGGGCCAGUCUGCGCCGCAGCUUCGGCCGAGACCAAGGGCUGCGGCUGCGCAGGUGGACGGCCGGACCAGGGCGUCCUCCCUCCCGCCGCAGGUGGCGCGGCUCCUGCGACGGGGCCACCUUUGACGCGGACGUGAUUUGUCUUUGUCCGGGUUUUUGAGCAUUUGUUGUGUUUGAGAACAAUAUACAUUUGACAUCUUU